UUUUCAGUUAUACGAUUGAGAACUUUGUUAUUUACAAAUAAAAUUUAGUCUGCGUAGCUACAAUAUUAUUUGUAAUAAAAUAGAAUAAUGUUAUUAACAUUAAAACCGGAUCAUAAAAAGCAUGUAUUACUUCUUAUAGAGCACACACCACAAGUUUUACAGGACUUUUGUAAAUUAGCUCUAGAUUAUUUGCAAAAAGGGCCAAAUAUUAAAUUAUAUAACGCAGCAGCUCAGAAAUUGGAAGUUGAAAUAAAUAUAAUUAAGAAUUCAGUGGAAGGGCUUGUUAAUUUAUUACUAGAGAGUUGUAGGUAUAAGUUAAAUUCUGAGGAUUUUAGAGAUUCCAUAAUAUCUUUAGGUUUCUCAGAACAACAAGAAGUUAUAUUAAGCAAAUUAUAUAAUGCUAAAAAAAGUGAAAUAUUGGAUGUACUUACAAAUAUUGGAUUUAAAUUACCAAAGUAUCAUGAUAUGGAAUGGAGAUUUGAAGUUCAAAUUGCAUCAAGAGCAUUAUUAAAACAAGUUGCUCCGCUUAUUACUUUAGAUUUAUCUAUAAAAAAUUCUGACAAAGAUGAAAAUAUUGAACAUGUAUUACUUCAAACUGACCCUGUCAAUUUAUCACACGUAACACAACAAUUAGAAGAAGCUCUUCAAGAAGGUUGCAGUCAACAUAUUCGUAGACUUUCAAGAGCAAUAAAAUGA